AUGCAUGCAUCUGGCACGAGAACCCGCGAGACCUCGCGGCGCGUGGUGGAGGCCACAUUGCGGGUGGUGCUGGUGGCGGUCGUGUUCUCGUUGGCCGCGGGAACUCCUGGCAGGAGGGAGAUGGGGGACGAGGGGAAGCAGGAUGGGCAGGGCGAGGGGGAGGAAGGCGUGGAGGCGUGGGUGGUGCCGCGUGUGCUGCGAUCGCUGGUGCAGCGAGUGAUGCGAGCCAAGGUGAUUGCCGCCUUCCACUUGGAAAGGGCAGCGUCGCAGGGUGGAGCUGGCAGUUCACGAUUCUCACAUCAGCAGCAGUGUAAACAUGGACGCGUGUUAGCGGAUAGAAGCAGUCGUUCGGUCGUUCGCGGGAAACUCGAGGCGCGCACCACUGGCACCCGCGUCUACAGCAGAGUGCUUGCGGUGAUGCGGGAGGAGUGGGACUUGGGUGGAGAGCAGGGUGGCGAGGGUGGAGUAGUAAGACAGGCAGGCAGCGCUUGCUGGGCAGUCGACAGGCACAAGCCACAGUAUUCCGGCGCCCCUCUCCUCCCCCCCAACCCCGCCUACCCCACCUUCGUACCCGCCAGCCACACCAUGCCCGUAGGGCCCUCCUCGCCCCUGGACCACGCCAUCUCCCCCUCCAUCCCUGCUCUCACAGUCGGGUGGCCCCAUGCCCGCUCCCUAUGUGGUCACUGCGCCCUCCGCCUCUCCUCAAACAACGCGUUACAGGGCUGGGCAGUGGCAGCAACAGUGGCAGGUGUGCGCCGUCGCUGUAGCCUCCUCCCCCGCCCCGCGUCCCGCAACAACUUCUCCGAGCAAGGGGAGGGCGAGAGGGCACGGGAGGUGGCGACCACGGCGAAGAGAAGUGGGGGCGAGAGGGCACGGCGGUGGCUGAUGGACGAGCUGGGGGCGCUGGGCGUGGACAGCGGGGAAGAGAAGUGGGGGAGGCGGGGAGUGGGGGUGGGUGAGGUCCGUUCUGUGAGAAUGAUGGGGAGGGGGAAGGGGAGAGCGCAAUGGAGAAGGGUGCGUGGGGCCGGUGUGCACGAGUGA